AUGUCUGCUUCUCACGUUGUCCUGGUUACGGGGGCCAAUAGAGGGCUGGGCCUUGCUAUUGUCCACGCCCUAGCGACCCGAGCACCUGGGUCGACCAUUUGCUUGGGAAGCAGGUCAAUCGAUGCUGGUGUCAAAGCUGUGCAAGAGCUUCGCCAAAAAGGGGUUGAUUCUAUUAUUGAGGUGGUUGAGUUGGAUAUUACCAAAGAUAGCAGUAUCAAGUCUGCGACCACAAUCCUCCGUCAAAAGUACGGCAAAAUUGACGUUUUAAUCAAUAACGCUGCUAUUGCCGGCAAUCCAAAGCCCGAUUUGAGCGAUUUUCGUGAGGCUUACACUUCAAUACUGGAUACCAACAUAACUUCGGUUGCCCUCGUUGUCUCCCAUUUUCUACCCUUGUUGAGCGCUUCAGUUGAACCUCGUGUCAUCAAUGUUUCUUCGGCCCGAGCCUCAGUAGCUCUUCAGACAUCCGGGAAACUUCCUCCGACCGCGUCUAUACCGUAUUCUAUCUCGAAGACUGGAUUGAACAUCCUCACCUUGGAGCUGGCCAAACUCUACGAAAAUAUUCGAUUUUACUGUGCCUCCCCUGGCCACUGCCGCACAGCUUUCAACAAUUAUAGAGGCAAAAAGGAUCCCAUUGAUGGUGCAAGGGUCAUUGUUGAAUUAGCAGUAAGCGAAAGCGGCCGAUAUGACCCCGGGUUCUGGGAGUUUGAAAACGACUCCAUGUCGCCCGUUGCCUGGUAG